AUCGACUACACUGUUAUCAAUGCUCUCGAAAUUAAACCACCUCAACAGCAUGACACUAGUGAAUCAUGUCAGAUGACGAAUCCGAGCAGGAUAACACCAACGGGACGCACAAAUGCAACAUAUGCUACGUGAAAUUUAAGAAGAAAUCUUCCCUCCAACAUCACAUGCGAAUUCACGCCGGAGGACCACAGCAUCGGUGCGACGUUUGCGGCAAAGCUUACCACCACAAGCACUUAUUGAAAAGUCACCAGUUCCGUCACACGGGCGAAAGGCCAUUCAAGUGCGAGAUCUGUGGGAAAACGUAUGGCGUAGUGUACCACUAUCGAACGCAUAUGAUUUUGCAUACCGAUCAGUUCAAGUGCGACGAAUGCGACAGAUGCUUCGACUCACAAUACGUACUCGAUCGGCAUCGAAAGUCGCAGCACACGGGCGAACGACCGCACAAGUGCGAAAUUUGCGGAAAAUCUUUUCUAAUAGCGCGUUACCUGGAACGACACGUGACCACACAUACGGGCGAGCAACGUUUCAGUUGCGACAUCUGUGGUAAAAAAUAUACCUCAAAAGAUAAUCUGGAAACUCACGUAAGAUCCCAUACCGGCGAACGUCCGUUCAAGUGUGACAUAUGUGACAAGACAUACACUAGAGUCAACAUACUUCGUCUUCAUGCUGCGACUCAUACUGAGGAGUAUCCGUUCAAAUGUGACACCUGUGGGAAAAAGUUUGCCGUCAAAAUGCAGUUCAAGCAGCACAUGGUAUCACACAAUAGUGCACGACCACAUAAAUGCGGUAUAUGUGGAAAGACGUUUCCAUCCAGGCACCGGCUUGUCGACCAUUAUCGUUGUCACUCCGGCGAUCGGCCGUACGAGUGCGAACUCUGUGGAUCAAAAUACGGGUCGAGAACUGGUUUGUUGAAUCAUCGGAAGAAGCAUACCAACCCGACGACGGAUGAUCCGUACAAGUGUGAAGUUUGUGGUUUGCACUACGCUACGAAGAGCUCUUUUACCCAGCACAAAAAAGUGCAUGACUGAUUAUGACGAAGAUUGUCGGUGGAGGCGUAGAACGUUUAACAUAUAUGCAUAUAAGAUUACAUUAGUAUGUCCCUCACUGUUAUCUAAACUAUCAGAUUUAUAGAUAUAAGUUUUUUAAAUAAGUUCAGCAUUAAAACCCUUUAUAGGUAAAUUAAGGUUUACAAUGUUUGUAAACUUCUGUUUGAUUUCGUACAGAACUUUUUUUUCAUAAAUAUUUACUGAAACAGUUUCAACAAAAUAAAAAUUUUGUUUUCUCUAGGUGACGGAUAAAG